UGCAACAACAGCAAUUACAGAUCAGCACAAAUACAUCAGCAAAUAAAAACACUCAAGGAAUCAGUCGAAGGUUUUGGACUCAGGUGUAAAGUAAGGGGGUGACUGUAUUCGGCGGUGCGGCGUGUGUCCCUUUUUUGUGAGAGUGUGCGAGAGUCUUGGUUCCAGGUGCUGUCCCCGGUGCAACCUGAGCUGGUCUUUAUCAAUAAAUAAUGCAUCCAAAGCAUUCAGCUCAUCCGUCAGCCCGUGAGAUAGGUGGCUCCGGCAGGACGGGACGGGACACAACAUCACAGAGCGGAAGAUAAUCUGACAGUUUUCGGGUUGGGGAUUCAAUUUCAGGGGUUUUUGAUUUUGUGUCUCCUGGAGCGACCUCACCGAUCAUGAACCCUGAAUACGACUACCUGUUCAAGCUGCUUCUGAUUGGUGACUCUGGGGUCGGAAAGUCGUGUCUGCUGCUACGCUUCGCGGAUGACACCUACACUGAGAGCUACAUCUCCACCAUCGGAGUCGACUUCAAGAUCAGGACCAUCGACAUGGAAGGAAAGACGGUGAAACUACAGAUCUGGGACACAGCAGGUCAGGAGAGGUUUCGAACCAUCACCUCCAGCUACUACAGAGGAGCUCACGGCAUCAUCAUCGUCUACGACGUCACCGACCAGGAGUCCUUCAACAACGUGAAGCAGUGGUUGGACGAGAUAGACCGUUACGCCUGUGAAGACGUCUCCGGGCUGCUGGUGGGAAACAAGUCUGACCUCGUUAGCAGGAAAGUGGUGGACGCUGCCACUGCUCGGGACCUGGCCUCGUCUCUUAAGAUUCCCUUCCUGGAGACCAGUGCCAAGAGCUCUGAUAACGUGGAGAAAGCUUUCCUCACCAUGGCCUCUGAGAUCCACAAGCGCCUGGCCAGCGAGGGAGGGGGGAUGCAGGGUAGGUCGACAGAGGCCGGGGCCCAGAGCGCCAAGAUCAACAGCGCUCCUCUGUGGCUGGGAGGGGAAAAACAGACGCAGGAGGCCAGUAACUGCUGCUGAGCUGUCUACAAGGAUAUAUACAUUGUACAAAACACAGAGAUGUGUCAUUUUAAAACACAUCCACCUGUCUAGUUUCAGGACUAUGUGAUAAAUGUCUGCCCAUAACGCACACAAAAUGGCAGAAUUUGGCGUUUGCUGUUGAACUAAAAACAUAAUAAGACUUUUCAGGAAGAAAAACAGCUCGGGUACGAACUAUUUCUAAGCUUAGUAUUUUUGAAUAUAUAAGUUUAUAUUAUAUGUGUGGCAUUUUUAGGGAUUUCUGCUUUAUUAAAAACAGACAAACAUGUGUCGGAUGACAGAGAGAUGAACAAGUUAGCCAAAUGAACCACAGCGUGGGUGACGAGGUUUGGGAGGAGUUGUAUGCAUAUAUACUAUUUAGUGUAUCACUCCUUUAACUCGAGAUGAAAGAUGAAAAUUGCAAAAGUGCAGUUACAAAAGUCAUAUGAAAAUAGGGAUAUUUGAAUAAUGGUUCAUCCUUGCAUAGUAUGAGAAGAGUUUUAUUGAAAAAAAUGUGAAAUUAGCAGGUUAAGCUGCUGUUACGGAUGCAUGUACAGUGGGAUUUUAACAGUUAUUUCCCUCAGAAGUGAUUUAUAGCCUUUACCGGUUUUUGCUGUGUUUUGUUUGUUGUUUGUCUGUGUCAAUAAAUUAUAUUUCAGGAGGCUCGAUGCUGAAAACAUGAUUUAACGAUAUGAAAUGUAAAACAAGGCCUCAUAAAUGUAUGUGUAAAUAUGUAUAU